AUCUUUCUUCAUCGCUCUCCUCCAGACCAAGACUCCCCGUGCCAGUGCCUCUCAAAACUCUCUACACGUGUCGAAGCAUCCCCGCGUUCGUUAGGCCGCGACGCCCGCUCGUCUGAAAACAUGGAGCUCCCGGCCGCCUCCGUCCCCCACUCCGUCUGCACGGCGUACAGCAACCUCGUCACGACGACGGCGGCGGCGGCGCAGCAUCGGCGCACGCGGCGGCCGCCGCCGCGCCCGCGGCAGGGCAGGUGCUGCGCCAUGCUGAAGCAGCACAAGACGAGGCUGUACAUCCUCGGGCGGUGCGUGUCCAUGCUCCUCUGCUGGCACGACCGCGACGACUCCGACUGAGCCCCUCCGGCUAUGUCUGGUGCAGGCCUUUUUUUUCUUCUUGAUUUUGUCAUUGUUCUUUUGUGUGUGAACAGAAGCGUCAUACACACUCGAAGAGAGAUGCUGGAAAUAUUGGCUGGUUAGUUUGGCAGAUGAUGGAAUGAAACCAAGCAAAUGUACAUGAAAAAGUUUCUUUUAUAAGUAUAUGAUUAUAUUGCCAUUUCCCCGUUA